CAGCAGGUAUAUCAUCUAAGCUCUACGUUACAUUCUCUAGUACUAUUCAUCUCUCUUUACCGUCCGCAGCAAUUUCACUUUCUCCCGAAUUUCCAAAUCACCAUGGUCUUCAUCAAAUUUCGCUGCAAUCCGGGAGACGAGAAGGCCAUCCUCAACAUUUGGAUGACUACCUCCCAGCCAAUCUUGUCCCUCUCUGCCUUGAACACCUCUUCAUCCACACCUGUUCUUGAGUUCCAGAUCCACAUACAAUGCGUCUCUUCGGUUCACCCUGAUCGGCCGCUCACAAUCUGCACCUCCGGCUCUAUCCUCGAUGAGACUAAACCAGAGUGCGGACACAUGGAUCAGCUCGCACUUGGAAAACUAAGCGGAGGUCUUGUUUGCAGCGAUGCAACUGAUGGUACACGAAAAGUUAUCUCUUUCGGAUUCUUCUAUGUCCAUCGUGCGAGGCAGGACAACGAUAGGGCGACGGACUUGCGAAAGAGGCCGGAUGUCAAGUUCAUCACGGUUCCCGCGCAAGAGUCUGGGAAGAGUGUAACAGUAACUCACACCUUGUCAUCGGAACGUCUCUUUGCCUUUGCAGAGAAGAUAAGUCCUCAGGAUUUGAAUAUCGGAGAAAAGUAUAGCACGACACUCUCAGACCGUAACAUUGGUACGAUGUGGUGGUGCUGGGGCGACCUCGAUAAUGACUUAAGGGGAAAGAAGUUUCAUCCUUUCUCAGAAGGAUUUUGUUGUGCUGGGACUGAAGAAAAGCCCAGCGAUGAAGAGAUAGAGAAGUCAGGAUGGGUGACAGGAGAAAAUGUUGCCAAAUUGAAGUUCGAGUUGGACGCCGGUAGGGCUAGGUGUAGUGUCGAGGUUGUCGAAUAACAUGCAGGGCGCGGUUCAUAUGUCUAGAGGUAUGCUUCUAGUCAGCGGUCAACUUUAUUUUCUUUCACACUUGUGACGAGGUUCUACAAUAUCUGUUUAGU